AUGUCUGGACCACCUCUCCAGAGCCAUGGCUUUCAGACCUCAGUGGAUACAGCCCACCAACAAACAACGGCAAUUGCUGGUCUGAAGCGACCGCACCAAAAUGUGGUCUCCAAAGAACCUGUUACAGCUGUUACAACUUCUAUGACUGCUGCUGCUACAAAUGCAACGACGGUCAGACAGAGCAACAACUCCAAACGGCGGCCGGUGGAUUUGAUUCGAGCGUCGGCAGCCACUCACGAGACACGCAUCGCGGCUAGCCCGAUUCGCUCUGUUCUUAGUGGUAGCACUGCCAAUAAUUCCGGCAGUGCAAUCCCGCCCUUGGCGCCGCCGCCGCCUGCCCCAAGCCAAUCUAUGCUGAGUAGCAGCACUAGUAACCCCCUGCUCUCCCUUCAACAUCCCAAAUACGGCCUGCCGCCUGCACUAGUCGCCAAUUUUCAGGCUGUCGGCAUCCACAGCAUUUAUCCAUGGCAGGCGUCGUGUCUGCUUGGUCGCGGCCAUUUGACCGCCGAGAAGAAUCUGCUCUAUACGGCGCCUACGGGAGGCGGAAAGUCGUUGGUAGCUGAUGUGUUGAUGCUCAGAAGGGUUAUAGACAAUCCUCAUCGCAAGGCUAUUUUGGUGUUACCGUAUGUUGCGUUAGUGCAAGAGAAGCUCAAAUGGCUCCGGCGCAUUGUUCAAGGUGUGGAGAAGAACAUCGAUACUUCGGCUUCUAUGAAACAGCCAUGGAAACAGCCAUCAAAGGAGAUUCGUGUAACCGGGUUUUUUGGUGGAAGUAAAUCACGAGCUACGUGGGCCGACACUGACAUCGCAAUUUGUACUAUUGAGAAGGCAAAUGCUUUGGUCAAUACGGCCAUCGAGGAAUGUAAUAUCGAUGACCUAGCCGUAGUGGUCGUGGAUGAGAUACAUAUGCUAGAUGAUGACAGCCGUGGCUAUCUGCUGGAAUUGAUGGUCACGAAAUUGCUGCUGUUGCAACAAGACAUUCAAAUCAUUGGCAUGAGCGCGACUCUUUCUAAUACUCAAUUACUUGCCGACUGGAUUCACGCCUCUUUUCAUGCAUCGACUCAUCGCCCAGUACCGAUUGAGGAAUACUUGGUUUAUGAAAAUUCAAUUUACCCGGCCAUAAGUUCUAAAGAGUUCUUCCAAACAGCAACAAAGCUACAGUCCGGCCCAGUACAGGAUGCAGUGCCGCCAUGUAGAAAGAUCGACCCAUCCCCAUUCAAGCCAUUGAGUCUUCCCACCGCCAAUGCAAUGGUCUCCUUGGCUAUUGAGACAGCCACUGCGGGUUUUGGAGCGUUAGUGUUUUGCGGAAGUCGCCAUGCUUGUCAAAUGAAUGCACAAUUAAUCAGUGAAGCAAUGCCGUCGCCAUCGACCCUGGAUGCAGAGCUCUUGGAAAGGCGACUUGAUCUGGUGGCUGAAUUGGGAAGUCUACCGUGUGGAUUGGAUCCGGUAUUCCAAAAUACGAUAAUCAAAGGGGUUGCGUUUCAUCACGCUGGAUUGACUACUGAAGAACGUGAACUGGUUGCUGAAGCAUAUGAUAGGGGCACCAUCAAAGUGAUCGUAGCAACAUGUAGUCUCGCGGCAGGCGUAAAUCUGCCUGCAAGACGGGUCAUUAUGCAAGGUGCCAGAAUGGGCCGUGAUAUUGUUGGGCCUGCAUUGUUACGACAGAUGAGAGGGCGCGCAGGACGCAAAGGAAAAGAUACCGUUGGUGAGACCUAUCUCAUCUGUCAACAGGCAGAUUUGGAGGUAAUAUCUGAGAUUUGGGAUGCCGAGACUCCGGCUAUUGAUAGUUGUUUGGCACAAGAUAAUAAAGGGGUAAAAAGAGCGCUGUUAGAAGGCAUUGCAACACGUUUGGUAUCCGGUCGCGAAGCGAUUGAUGAGUUUAUGAGGUGCACUCUUCUAUGCAAAACACGCGAAGAAGCCGAAAUCGAAAAAUUGAUCGAAACCAGCUUACAAGAACUAGUCAACACAGACCUAAUCCGCCUCCGUGACGACGAUUCCUACGAAUCGACAAAACUAGGUGCCGCCAUUGUAGCUUCUUCAUUUUCACCCGAUGACGGAAUCUUUGUGUAUGAGGAGCUGAAACGAGCUCUUCAAGCUUUUGUCAUGGACGGCGAGAUGCAUAUUUUUUACAUGUUUACUCCGCUCAGUGUGGCUAUGAAUACGAAUAUUGAUUGGCUUAUAUUCCGGGAUCAGUUAGAUCAGUUGGAUGAAAGUGGUAUUCGGGCGUUGUUGUUUGUUGGAGUGCAGCCUGGAUUUGUGAAUAAUAUGGUACAAACUGGUCGAAAUUUCAAAGAAGAUGACCCAAAACAGCUGCAAUUGUCUAGGAUCUAUCGUCGCGCAUACGCGGCAUUUCAAUUGCGUGAUCUCAGCAACGAAGUCCCGCUGUCGACCAUCGCAAGCCGGUAUAACGUUCCGCGAGGUGUCGUACAGACUCUCGCACAGACAUGUCACGGUUUUGCAGCGGGUAUGGUUAAAUUCUGCCAGAGAAUGGGAUGGGGCAUGCUCGCUGUUGUCCUUGAGCAUAUGCGUGAUCGACUUCAGGCGGGUGCUAGAGACGAUCUUCUCGAAAUGGCCCAAGUAACUCAUGUCAAGAGUUGGACGGCGAGAUUAUUGUGGGAAAAUGGGUUUCGGAGUGUGCGCGCAUUAGCAUCCACAGAUGCAAAGGAUAUUAUUCCUGUUCUCAUCAUGGCCCGAUCUCGAAAAAGUCAAUCACAUCCGAAUUCUGAAAGGGAGGCGGAACGGUACACAGAGAAAAUGACUCGAAAGGCAGAAAUGAUUAUUGCAUCUGCGAACAAGAUAUACGAACGUCAAAUGCAGGUCGAGAUUGAGGAAUAA